AAAACCAAGAAAAAGCAAGGCAAGGGAAAGAGGACAUGUAUAGUAUAGAUGAUAUGUAAAACAAUAUAAAGGCGUGGUAAAGCCAUUGCUAGCUUCAGAUUUUCUCACUCCUUAGCCACUACCUUCCUACAGUAUCGUACUCUCCCCGAUAGAGAGAGAGUGAGACGAUGGAGAAAGCUCUGACAAAGGUGGGUAGCUUGAAGGUUGGGAGCUCAUGGAUUUCGAAGAAAGCAAAGGAGGCAUUCUCUAAUCUCAGUGAAGACAUCACUACUUUGUCAAACACAGUUGAAGAAAAGGCAAAGUGGAUUUUCAACAAACUAAAAGGGAAGCCACUGAAAAGUUUACCAAAUCUCCUUCAAGACUACAACUUACCACGAGGCCUCUUUCCCCAGAACAUCACCUAUUUUGAAUUUGAUGAAUCUAAGGCCAGGCUGAUUGUGUACUUGCCUUCUGUAUGUGAGGUCAGCUUUAAAGACUUCUCGACAAUAAGGUAUGCUACUCGGGUCAAGGCAAUUUUGCUGAGGGGAAAGCUUACAGGCAUAGACGGAAUGAAGACAAAGGUUCUGGUGUGGGUUAAAGUGACAAACAUAGCAGUUGAGGACUACAAGUCUGUUAAGGUUUGGUUUACUGCUGGUGUGAAGAAGUCAAGGCCUAAGGAUGCUUAUCAAAUACCCCGUGAUGCUAUCAAAGUAGAAGAGUUUUGAAAUGAGAGUAGAUAUUCAUUGUCUUUGGAGGUAGCCUUUUCUCACCUUCAAGAUAGGCGUCUCUCUUGUAUACUUCCGAUAUACUUGAGUUACACCUUUUGCGUUUAUCAAAAAAGACUUUAUACUCCAAAAAAAAAACAAAAUCAUUGUCUCAAAACAAAUUGGAUGCACUUCUCACUUCUCACUGUGUAAGAUUGGAUGCACUAUUAUGAUUCUCAGUGCUUCAAAUGCAUCAACUUUAGGUUUAGCUCAUGUUGUUCAGCUUUUAAUGUUUGUCUUUGCGGUCCAAGCUUUGAGGAUAUGUCACGACUUUUGGGUGAAUACUCAGCAAUAGGUGACCAUGCUAUGGAUUCAUGAUCUUGUGCCUUUGCAAUCUUAAGCAAAUCCUUGUUGUAAUUUUUGUGUUGGCGUAGAAUAUAAUAUUAUGGAUCCUUGGUUGAUAAA